UUGCAACUUAGAACUCUCCCGGACGAUUGGAAACAUAUUAUCGGUUGUCCAAUUUUAUUCAUCUAGUGAAACACUGGGGCAUUGUUUAAUUCUUGGAUUCUUUGAUAAAACUUUCAGACAUACUCCUCUAGGAUAAAUACUUUGGAGAUACUCCAGAACAAGAGCAGCAAGCUACCAGGACUGACGGGAAGCAGAACAAAAUGCCCCACAGUAAACACCGUGAUUAUACAGCGGACAAGCAGGAUAUUCCAUACACAGAGCUAAAGGCAUGUAAGUCUCCAUGGAAGCACAGAACACCUGCAGUCAAGCAGAGCCCUGUAGUGCUAAGUGAAGAGCAGCUAAAAUAUGCAGAGUUGACAUUCCACAGAACACCCCAGCUCCAGCCCAGAAAACAAACUGUCAGAAGGAAAAGACAAGGACCCAAAUCAGCAGUAUGGAGAGUGGUUACUUGCGUGCUUGGGGUCUUGUGUGUGGUGCUGAUGAUAACCAUGGGGAUCUUAGUUCCAAAAUUAUUUUCUGGUCAAGAAGAGCAAUACAGAGAAACCUCACUUCAUCAUCUUCUGAAGAAUGACUCCUCCUGUGAUCCUUGUUCCCAUGACUGGAUUGCUUUUGGAAACAAUUUCUAUCUCUUUUUUCGUGGGACCAAAUCCUGGGCAGAGAGCAAGUCUGCCUGUGAGGAACUGAAUUCUCAUCUUCUGGACAUAGACUCCAAAGCAGAGCUGGAAAAUUUGUUACUGUUUGAAAUUAAUGGGUGGAUUCUUGUCAAAAAGAAUCAAACUAACUGGUCCUCGUCUGAAAAUGAAACUAAACUACAGCAUACCCUAAUUGAUGAAAAGAAGAAUCAUAGCUGUCGUUACCUGCGUGGAAGCCAAUUCAUUGCUGAUGACUGCUCAUCUAAGAAACCAUACGCCUGUGAAUUUAAUAAAAUGUGAUGCCUAUUUCACUAGCAUAAUUUUGUUUAAUUAUGAACAUCAAGAUGUCUGUUGUUUGUUGAAUAUAUUAUUUUUUACACUUGAUCUUUGUCAAAAUGCCAAUGAUGAUAAUUUUUAAAUUUUGAAGAUGUUUUACUGAACUGAGAUGCUGAUUAAAAUUUUACUAUCUA